UACUCGCAUAUUGAUACGUGUCGGGGUGAGCCACGACUCCGCUACGCUUUGCCAGUCGAGCGUAUACGCGGCCGCUUUUUCGUCGCUUUUAUGACAGAGAAGGAAGGAGCGAGGGAGCGAAUUCUCGUGGCAGUGUGAUUCUCGUGUGCCUGCGAGAGACGGUCAUUCGAUUCUUGGUGUUAAUCGCGUCGAGACAAGAUGGGAUUCAAGUUCCUCGAGGUGAUCAAGCCCUUCUGCAGCAUACUGCCGGAAAUAGCGAAGCCGCAACGAAAGAUCCAGUUCAGGGAGAAGGUGCUAUGGACGGCGAUCACGUUAUUUAUCUUUCUAGUAUGUUGCCAGAUUCCAUUAUUCGGUAUCAUGUCUUCGGACAGUGCAGAUCCAUUUUAUUGGAUACGUGUGAUUCUCGCGUCCAACAGAGGAACAUUGAUGGAAUUAGGUAUCUCUCCAAUCGUUACUUCCGGACUUAUUAUGCAACUGCUGCAUGGCGCGAAGAUUAUAGAAGUCGGCGAUACGCCAAAAGAUAGAGCGUUAUUCAACGGUGCACAGAAAUUGUUUGGCAUGGUUAUUACUGUUGGGCAAGCUAUUGUUUAUGUAAUGACUGGAAUGUAUGGAGAUCCAACCGAGAUUGGAGCUGGAGUCUGUCUUUUGAUUAUUAUCCAAUUGUUUGUUGCUGGACUUAUUGUAUUGUUGUUGGACGAGCUUCUCCAGAAAGGAUAUGGAUUGGGCAGUGGAAUAUCUCUCUUCAUCGCUACUAACAUUUGCGAGACUAUUGUUUGGAAAGCAUUUUCACCAGCUACAGUUAACACUGGUCGUGGUACAGAGUUUGAAGGAGCCGUAAUCGCUUUGUUCCAUUUGCUGGCCACCAGACAAGACAAGGUCCGUGCUCUCCGAGAAGCAUUCUACAGACAGAAUCUUCCAAAUCUGAUGAAUCUUCUCGCCACCAUUCUAGUGUUUGCUAUUGUUAUCUACUUCCAAGGCUUCCGUGUAGAUCUUCCGAUCAAAUCUGCUAGAUAUCGCGGUCAAUACAGCAGCUAUCCAAUCAAACUAUUUUACACCAGCAAUAUCCCAAUCAUCUUGCAAUCAGCCUUAGUGUCCAAUCUAUACGUCAUCUCUCAGAUGUUGGCUGUCAAGUUCCAAGGAAAUCUUAUAGUAAAUCUGUUAGGCGUUUGGUCGGAUGUCGGUGGUGGUGGUCCAGCCAGAUCGUAUCCAGUCGGCGGAUUAUGUUAUUAUUUAUCACCACCGGAAUCGGUCGGCCACAUCGUUCAAGAUCCUGUCCAUGCCGUACUCUAUAUUCUCUUUAUGCUUGGUUCAUGCGCCUUCUUCUCCAAAACGUGGAUCGAGGUUUCUGGAAGCUCGGCAAAGGAUGUCGCCAAACAAUUAAGGGAACAGCAGAUGGUAAUGCGAGGCCACAGGGACAAUUCUAUGAUUCGCGAAUUGAAUCGGUAUAUCCCAACUGCCGCAGCGUUUGGUGGAUUGUGCAUCGGUGCGCUCUCUGUGCUGGCAGAUUUCCUGGGCGCGAUUGGUUCUGGUACCGGUAUCUUGCUCGCUGUCACCAUCAUUUAUCAAUAUUUCGAAAUUUUUGUCAAGGAACAAAGUGAAAUGGGUGGCAUGAGCACGUUACUUUUCUAAGCUUAGUUCAACUAUAGAUUUGAAAAGUAAACUUUUUUUAAUUCUGAAGAACCAUAUAAUUUAUUGUAAGAGUUUGGCAGAGUUUGUGUGUAUGUCGGUGUAUGUAUGUGUGCGUGUGUGUAAAAGUGUGCGUUAUGUAUGUCAAGCUCACAGGAUGUAGACAUACUACUAAUCGAAGAUUUUCCUCCCCCUUUUCGCUCGUUAUACAUAAAGUCGCACAUAUUUAACUUACUAUUGAUACGUUGUUGAUUCCAUGCUCAAAAGGUUAUAACUAUCAGUGACUUUGCAAACAAAUAAAAAUCUACAUGUGCUUCUUUUGUAGGAUACAUUAACGUGAUUAUUGAAACACACGAUAUAUUUUGGAAUCUGGAAAGUAAUACAGCUAUGUUACAUCUAUGAGAUCUUGUUCUUGUGUUGAGAGAGCAUACUCUUUAUUUUUACAUUAAACAUUAUUAAUUCUACGCCACGUGUCAAACUGUACAAAACAUCAGCCUAAUGAAGGCAAGAACGUACAUACAUUGACAGAGGAUAGAAGAUAAUAACUCAGACAUACAACGGUUAAAACGCUCGCAAAGUCUAAGCGCGAAAGAUAUCUCGCGAUCAAUAAUAUCUUUCGUACAACGAGCAAUGUGUACAUAAUAUAAGAAAGUAAUUAAAUAUUUUCAACAUUUUUUACUAGCGUUUUUUGGGCUCUGCUACAUGAAGAAGAGCCACAUGAAGACUCAAUUGCAUAUACAUACGAGUAAAAUCGUGACAUUUAUAUUAUAAUUGAACCUAUAUAUGAUUAUGAAUAGUCAUUUCAGUCAGGACGAGACACCCACCUAGGGUAUUCGUACAGCAAUUCGAACAGCGUUCGCUCAUCUUGGGUACCAUUCAUUCCUGUAUCGAUAAUAAUAUGAAAUAAGUUAAUAUUUUUUCACACACACAUAUAUAUGCGUAUAUGUGUGUAUGUAUUUAGGAGAAAAGAAGAAAAUGUGCUUUUAUAAAUAUUAAAACAUCUUUUUUUUUUCGUCUUCCUUGUUUCAUCUCUCCUCAUUUUGUUGUCCCUCGACAUUUCAUCGUAUUUCGUCGGUUAUUUGUACGCGUGAUAUCUCAUUUCAUCGUUCAUUUAAUAAUAAUGUCGUCCGAGAGUCGCAUAGAAUAAAUCUCUAUAUCCAUUAAUUGUCAUUAAUCGAGAAUAAUAAGACACACACGUGAUCGGUUAUGCCAUUAAGAAAAAAAAAUAAGAUUCAUGUGUUAUGUAAUAUGUUAUAUACAUAAAUCAGAAUGUGUAUACAAGAAACUAGUAAAAAUUACUUCCUAUUUUAUACAGUGUGUAAUUGUGUCGUUUUCUACUUUAUACAUAGAAUUGUUAUAAGAGAUAUACAUGAAUUAUAACUAUUGUUAUAGAAUAUCAAUAUGUAAACAGGAAGAAGAAAAAGGAAUACUAAAUGUACUUACUGUUAA